UUGGCGCGUAAAAGUGGCCGGGACUUUGCAGGCAGCGGCGGCCGGGGGCGGAGCGGGAUCGAGCCCUCGCCGCGGCCUGCCGCCAUGGGCCCGCGCCGCCGCCGCUGCCUGCCACCCGGGCCGCGCGGGCCGUGAGCGCCAUGGCCGUGGCCCCCGCAGGCGGCCCAUGCGCGCCGGCGCUGGAGGCCCUGCUCGGGGCCGGCGCGCUGCGGCUGCUCGACUCCUCGCAGAUCGUCAUCAUCUCCACGGCGCAGGACGCCAGCGCCCCGCCGGCCCCCGCCGCGCCCGCCGCCGGCCCCCGCGACCCCGACCUGCUGCUCUUCGCCACGCCGCAGGCGCCCCGGCCCACACCCAGCGCGCCGCGCCCUGCGCUGGGCCGCCCGCCGGUAAAGCGGAGGUUGGACCUGGAAACUGACCAUCAGUACCUAGCUGAGAGCAGCGGGCCAGCCCGGGGCAGAGGCCGCCACCCAGGAAAAGGUGUGAAAUCCCCAGGGGAGAAGUCACGCUAUGAGACCUCGCUGAAUCUGACCACGAAACGCUUCCUGGAGCUGCUGAGCCGCUCAGCUGAUGGCGUUGUUGAUCUGAACUGGGCGGCCGAGGUGCUGAAGGUGCAGAAACGGCGCAUCUACGACAUCACCAAUGUCCUCGAGGGCAUCCAGCUCAUUGCCAAGAAGUCCAAGAACCACAUCCAGUGGCUAGGCAGCCACGCGGCAGUAGGGAUCGGUGGGCGGCUUGAAGGACUGACCCAGGACCUCCGGCAGCUCCAGGAGAGUGAGCGGCAGCUGGACCACCUGAUCCACGUCUGCACCACACAGCUGCGGCUGCUGUCUGAGGACUCCGACAGCCAGCGCCUGGCCUACGUGACCUGCCAGGACCUUCGUAGCAUCGCAGACCCUGCAGAGCAGAUGGUCAUGGUGAUCAAGGCCCCUCCCGAGACCCAGCUCCAAGCUGUAGACUCCUCAGAGACCUUUCAGAUCUCCCUUAAGAGCAAACAAGGCCCCAUUGACGUUUUCCUGUGUCCUGAGGAGACUGCAGGCGGGAUCAGCCCUGGGAAGACCCCGUCCCAGGGGACAGCUUCUGGGGAGGAGGACCGGGCAGUUCACCCUGCCACCACAGUGCCACCGCCAUCAUCUCCCCCUUCGUCCCCUGCUGCGGAUCCCAGCCAGUCCCUGCUCAGCCUGGAGCAAGAACCUCUGCUUUCCCGGAUGGGCGGCCUGCGGGCCCCCAUGGACGAGGACCGCCUGUCCCCGCUGGUGGCGGCCGACUCGCUCCUGGAACAUGUGCGGGAGGACUUCUCCGGCCUCCUCCCUGAGGAGUUCAUCAGCCUGUCCCCCCCUCAGGAGGCCCUCGACUACCACUUUGGCCUUGAGGAGGGUGAGGGCAUCAGAGACCUCUUCGACUGUGACUUUGGGGACCUUACCCCUCUGGAUUUCUGACGGGGCUUGGGGGGGACCAGGGCCUCCUGAGAUGCCCACCCUGUCUUUGCAGCCCUGGAGCCCCCUGCCCCUGGCCGUCCUCCCAACCCAAUUGGAAACGUUUAAUUUAUACCCCUCUCCCCUAUCUCCAGAAGCUUCUAGCUCUGGAGUCUGGCUACUUGCCAGGAGGCUGAGCAAGCCAGGAAGGGAAGGAUUCUGUUUGUGGUGUGUAUGUGCAUGCACCCAACACCCAACAUGUGUGUACACGGGGUGAGUGGUGUGUGAGCAUGUGUGUGUGCAUGUACCGGGGAAUGAAGGUGAACACAUCUGUGCGUGCACUGAAAACACGCCCCAGUGUGUCCACGUGUGUGUGCAUGAGUCCAUGUGUGCGCGUGGUGGGGGCUCUAACUGCACUUUUGGUCUCCUUGCUCCAGGGGCCCCACGAGGCCCAGGGUGGCCACCUGCCCCCAGAAUCCUGUGUGCUGACCAGGCCAGGUGGCGAGGCCUUGGCCUGCUUGUUUGCAGGACAGCCAGAGCACUUCUGUCGUCUUAAAGGUUUUUCUGAUCGAAGCUUUAAUGGAGCGUUAUUUAUUUAUCAAGGCCUCUUUGGCAAGCCUGGGGCACCAGCAAAGGGUAGGAGGGAUGUGGGGCUGAUGCCCCAACUCCCUAUACCCCUGAGCGGGGCAGGGGUCCCUGAGCUGUUCUUUGCCCUACUCCGAAGGAGGUGAGGCCCGAGCGGUUUAUUUAUUGGGAAAGUGAGGGAGGGAGACUGACUGACAGCCAUGGGUGGAUCAAGGGGGUGGUCCCUCCCCAGGGGGUCACUGCAGGGCCCCAACUGCCCCCCAGGAUGGAUGUGAGAUGGGAAAGGUGAGUGGGGGACCUUCACUGACAAGGUGGGCAGGAGGGGUGGGUGAAGGGCUUCCGCUAGCCCAGACCACAGGGGCCCCUCUGCCCCACUCAUUGCUCUGCCGCCCCCCCCCCAAUCUGCACUUUGAUUUACCUUCCUAACCGCUCUGUUCCCUCCUGCUUUGGUUUUAAUAAAUAUUUUGAUGGUGUUUGGGCUGGGUUUUGGGACUAUGUACUGGGAGCAGACCUGGGGGUGGGAGAGGUCCUGGUUGCUGGGAAAACGCCCCUUGUCUACUUUUCCUCUCCCUGCCCCUGCUUGGUUUCAUUUCAUUUGAGCCCCACAGCCACAAGAAAGCUAGGCUUUGUCACCAUUUUGUCCUAAUCUUAAAAACUGAUCCAGU